AUUGUAGAGCCUCAUCUAUCUGUAAUAAUGCAGUCAGCAGAAGAGGGACACGUCACCCCUGUAGAUCUACAACAAGAAGGAUUCCAAAAGAAACUAAUAAAAAAGGAGGAAGAUGAUGAUGAUGAUUUCUUCUAUGAAGGAUCCAUAAUCCCUGUGGUCACCUCUGAGGAACACCUCACCCCAGGGGACCAACAGUGUGGAGGUUUCCACAUGAAGCCUGUGAAGAAGGAAGAACCUGAAGGUAAAGAUGAACUCAGUGAAGGAUCCAUAAUCCCUGUGGAACAUGUCACCUCUGAGGAACACCUCACCCCAGCGGACCAACAGUGUGGAGGUUUCCAGAUGAAGCCUGUGAAGAAGGAAGAAGCUGAAGAUAAACAUGAACUCCUCAAGCCCUUCGUCACGUCUCCAAAACGAUCUGCUCCUUCUACUGCUUCCGGGGCCGUGCCCAAGCGUCAACGGAAGAUGCUAACGAUCGCCGAAAAGGUAAAACUUUUGGAUAUGUUGAAGGAAAGGAAUAACUACGCGGCUGUAGGACGCCAUUACGGCAUCAAUGAGUCCACGGUUCGUUAUAUUAAGAAGGAUGAAAAGAAUAUAAGAUCUACGGCCGCAGUGUCCCUUAACCAGGGCGCAAAACGAGUUGUAAGUGGGCGUAAUAAGGCUGUAGUCCGGAUGGAAUCUGCUCUAGGGAUUUGGAUUGAAGACUGCCGGAAGAAGAACAUCCCCGUGGACACCAAUAUCAUCCGAGAGAAGGCCAAGAAACUUUAUGAUAGGAUUGUGGAUGCCGGGGAUGCUCUAGACGACGACCCUCAACCUGGAACUUCUGCUGAACCCCCCAGCAAGAGAAGUGAAUUUACUGCCAGCAAGGGCUGGUUUGAAAAAUUCAAGAAAAGGUUCAACUUGGCCAGCGUGAACCUGCACGGAGAGGCUGCCUCCGCAGACAAAGUCGAAGCGGAGAAAUAUGUCGCCGACACGUUCAAGGCGAUCAUUGAGGAAGGCGGAUAUCGGCCUGAACAAGUGUUUAAUAUGGAUGAGACCACCCUAUUUUGGAAGCGGAUGCCGUCUCGUACUUUUAUAAUGAAGGAAGAGGCACAAGCCCCGGGGUUUAAGGCUCACAAAGAUCGCAUCACGCUGGUCAUGUGCGGCAAUGCUGCGGGCUUUAUGAUAAAGCCUGGGCUCAUUUAUAAGUCCAAAAACCCUCGGGCCCUGAAAAACAAGAAUAAAAACCUGCUGCCUGUGUACUGGAUGCACAACCCGAAGGCCUGGAUUACGAGAUUCCUGACGUCGGAUUGGUUUCACCAGUGUUUCAUCCCAGAAGUAAAAAUCUAUCUGGCAGAGAAAGGGCUGGAGUUCAAAGUCCUUUUACUUCUGGACGAUGCUGAAGGUCAUCCCUUGGAUCUAUCCAACCAAGGAGUAAAAAUAGAGUUUUUGCCGCCGAAUACAACGUCACUGAUUCAGCCAAUGGAUCAAGGAGUUAUCCGGGCCUUCAAGGCGUUGUACACCAGGAACACUUUGCAAAACAUGGUCGAAGCAAUGGACAUGGACGACGACUUUUCCCUGAAGGAGUACUGGCGUAAGUACAUGAUCACAUCGUGUCUGGUGAACGUGCAGAAGGCCCUUAACGACAUGAAGAAAGAGACGGUUAAUGCCUGCUGGAAGAAAUUGUGGCCAGAAGUCGUGCACGACUAUAAGGGCUUUUCUGCAGAAGAAAUUCAUCACUCGGCGGUGGACAAGGCAGUCAGGCUGGCAAAACUGCUAGGAGGAGAAGGAUUCGACGACAUGACCUUUGAUGACAUCAAUGAGCUGCUCAAUGCCCACUCCGAACCGCUGAGCGAAGAAGAUUUGGCCGACAUGACCAAGUCAGCGAGCGAGGAAGAGAAGAAACAAGAGGACCCAGCACAAGAAGAAGACGUCGGCCUAAGUCUCGAGCGUCUCACAACCAUUCUACGGAUAGCAAAAGAUCUCCAGACAUCGGUUGAAGAAUGGGACCCGCAAAUGAUUCGUUCUUUGCAAUUUAGAAAUGCUCUUGACGAUGCCACGGAAGUAUAUAAAAACCUCCUUACACAAAUGAAAAAGCAGCGGCAGCAACUGCCCAUCACGAUGUUCCUUACCCGCAAAACGCCGCCUAGUACGCCUUCAGUGGAAGAGGAAACUCCAGACAAAAGCGCUGCACAGUCGCCUGAAGAGGAUCCUUUAGAAAAGCUGUAACGCUCUCCUUUGCUGUGCAGUAACAUUCAUCUCAUCGUUAUCGGACGUCGUGGUGUCAUUGUUGAACUGAACAAGGAUUUCUCCUGCUCCUCGUGUCCACGUUUCUCUACAACCCAAAAUCACCUCCACAAUCACAUCAAGAGCUGCAACCAUGAUAAAUAUGAUGAUGCGCUGGUGAAGAUUAAGACUGAACAUGAGGAUCUGACGCCCACCAGAAGCUCCAGUAAUCAGCAAACGUCCUCUGGUACUGUCAGCAUUAACACCUCUCUCAGUCCCACACAGGAAGAAGGAAACGUCUGCUCACAGUGUGGGAAGAGCUUCAGGUCCCAGAGUGCUCUCAAGAUACACCAGCGCAUUCACACAGGAGAGAAA